CAUUCGCUUUUUGUCGUCGCUUGGAAUCGGUUGAUGGUUCUUCUUGAAUUUUCAUUUCUAUUUGAAUACCAAUAUAUAUAUAUUGUUUAGAGGAAAUAAAGCGCGUGUUGUUUAUUAACUGAAUGUUAGCCUGAUUCCCGUCCCCGGCUUUAGUGACUUUGUGGGUGUGUUUUUAUACAGAAAAGUGUCGUCUUACCCUGUUUCUGGCAUGCAAGUCAUGAUCUUGGCUCACAGCCGGCAACUUGAUGACGCAUUUCUUAACAAGCCCAGAUCCACAUAAACAACAACGAAAACGGUCGCUUACCAGUGUAGUUGUAUCUGUAUCUGUGUAUCUCUGCUACCGCUGAGCAAAAGAUGCUCGUAAAAACGCUUGGCGCGCAUUUUGCAGACGGGCAAUAUGCAAAAAAAAGCAGCUGCUCCGCUCUGCUGAUUCGGUUGCUUCCAGUAUUACUCCUUACUUCGCAACCUCUACCGGUAACCAGUCAUGUAACUAGUGGGGCAUCUCCAUCCACCGAUCCCAACUUGGUGUUGGUCAACAAAUGCUGCGAAAAAUUCGAGAUACACGUGGACAACGAGUGCCAGCAGGUCAACGAAACGGACUACUUUCAGCCGAUGUUCACCAGCUAUGAAGGGGAACAGAAUAGACAAGUUGACUAUAAAUUCGUCAUUGGCAUUCCCAACUGCGGAUCAAUGCAGAUGUGGCCCAUAUACCAUUACGAUGGGAGCUCUGAUAAGCUAGUGCUACUGGAAAAUGGUGUUCUAAGGCAUUACACUAAUGCCGAGGAUGAGCAAGAGGAGCGUCAUGGAAUACAAACAGAUUAUGAGGAAGACCUUCCCGAAAGUCAUGAGCCACGAUACCACGAUUAUGACAAGGGAUUGUACUGCAUCGAUAGGGCCACCUCCAGCACAGGAGAAAAGCAUGCUCUUUAUGCAAAGAUUUGCUUGGCGCGCAAAGAAAUCAAGUGGAGUGACUCCAACUUCUUGCUGCGCAAAAUCCUAAACCCCAUAUUCCAUGGAAUCUCACUAAUCAUUCUCCUGGUCAUCGCCAUUAUCUACUUUAUACUUCCUACACUCAGCAGAGAUUUAGUUGGCAAUAUUGUUACAACAAUAGCCAUGUGCCUGAUGGUCAGCCAGGCUGCAGAUUUGGUGCGAAUCUUUACAGAGCUGACUAGUCAUGUUAGCUUUAUUGUGGCGGACAUCAUCAUGUGCUUCAGUCUGCUCGCAGCCUUCUUCUGGCUGAAUAGUUUCGGCUUUUACAUCUGGAAGACUUUUCGUUCAAGGAACGUUUUCCUGCGAGUUACGGAUGGCAGGAAGUACUGCUACUACUCAGCAUACGCGUGGGGAUGCACAGCUACAAUGGCUGCAAUGGCUGUAUUUGCACAUUUCUUCCUGGAUGCAGAGUCCUACAAACGAGAGCAGAUGGUAGGCGAGCAGGAGACGAUCGGCAUGCUUGGCAUUUGCAUAUUCUUUGCACCAAUUGCAUGCACCAUUUUGGUGAACAUAUUUUUCUAUGUGACCACAAGAAAGCUGAUCAAUCGGCGGACGGUUUAUGGUCGAAUUGCGCACAAGCUAAAAGCCAACUUCAUCAUGUUCUCACUGAUGCUGUUGGUUAUGUCAAUAGCCUGGCUGUUUCUCAUCAUGUCCUGGCUGCAGCUGGAAGGACUGCUGUAUGCCCAUAUCGUAGUUAAUGCCUUGCAGUCACCGCUGCUGCUCUACAUCUGCGUGCUGCGCCAGCGACAUGUGACCUUUCUGCUGAAAAAGAGCUGUUGCUACAACGAGCCACCCUCCGCAAACGACUGGGGCGAUGAAUUGCACUACAUGAACGGCAACGACUACUGAGAAGCCACCGUCCACACUAAUUUAAGUGUUUUCGUAGUUUAGCAAUGUCCAACAUUGAGAUUUGUACUUAAACUUAACUAAUUUAUGCUGUACGAGAUAGUAAUUAAAAGAGAAGUCUGACACCUA